AUGAGGACUUUGAAGUUUCAGUCGGAGCCGUAUCAGUACACGGAGAUCAACCUGAAAGCAAAUGAUACAGACAUUUGUCUACAUGUAUCAGAAGAGGACAGAGAAGCGGCAGUAUGGGAGGCACAGCUGACAAAAGGAGAUAUACGAGAAUGGACAGGGCAAAUGGCUGAGCCUAAUCAGAAAGGAAAUUCUCUAUCUAUGGGGCCAUUUGUGGAUAAACAUCGAGAAGUUCUCAUCCGUGAGGUGCCCCUGGUGGAGCCAGUCCUAGAUGGUCUCAAAAGUGAGAAGCUUCUGACAGAUGAGCAAUAUGACUUUGUGCGCAGCAGAACGACCUCCCAGGACAAGAUGAGAGCUCUCUAUGACUUUAUCAGGUCUUGGGGUGACGGUGACAAGAGCAAGUUAUACAACAUUCUGAAGGACACAAAUAAGCCUCUCGUCAGGAGGCUGGAACAAGAAGAUGGGUCAAUCUGCUGAUAACAUCUAGAGAUAUUGUAUAGAGGCACUAGAUAGGAAGGAAUCAAUAC